AUGUCAACAACAUCUACUCAAGCUACUCAAACGACACAAUCAGGACAACAACCACCUCACGCAGACGAUACAGAGUUAACCACAGCUCAAGAUUCAGAAUCCCAAACACCUAUUACUCGAACUGUGGUCAUAGCUUUAGAUCACUCAAGUGAUAUUCCUACAGUUCCUAUACCUUAUGCUGCAAUGGGUGCGAGUUAUAUGGAUUUCGGUGAAAUUGUAGCUAAUCUAGAAGAACAGUAUCGUAUUAGUAGUCAUACAUUAUUACAAGAAUAUGCUGCUAAAUUAAAGAGUCACAAUUUUGCAUGUAAAGCUAUAGCAAUGAGAGGAGACGCAAGAGAUGAGAUUGUACGUAAGGUUGGUGAAUUGAACGCUGAGGCUUUAAUAUUGGGUAAUCGUGGAUUAGGUGCAUUGAAAAGAACUCUUUUAGGAUCAGUUAGUGACUAUUGUACUCAUAAUUGUCACUGUACUGUUAUUAUUGUCAAGGAAAAGGUGAAUCAACAACAUGAUAAAAAGCAAUAA